UAAGGUCGGGACCCGCGGAAGAUGAAAAUGGAGGUGCAGUGAAGUGGUGCCUCUCCGCCAAGAGGUUACAAGCCUAAUGAAAUAGCCGGGUUGACGAUGUUUAACUGGACGCAGAAUUUGAGGAAUACUGAGGCACUUUGGAGAAAGAGGUGCGAGAGAGGAAGGCAGGGAGAAUGACAAGGAAGUGUCUCAAAAGUUUAAGACUUAUCAACAGGCUAAUUUCUUCACUGCCAGAAUGGCAUCACUUACUACCUCUGCCCAGUGUUCGGCGUCUGACGGUGCUUGCAGGAGCCCCCCGAGACAAGUCAAGCAGGUACGACCAAAACUGCCACUUUUGAAGAUUUUGCAGACAGCAGGUGCACAAGGUGAAAUCUUCACUGUUACCCAGGUCAUGCACUAUCUAGGUCAGUAUAUAACAAUGAAGCAGCUGUACGAUCCACGGGAACAGCAUAUGGUAUAUUGUGGUGGAGAUCUUUUGGGAGAACUCCUAGGAUGUCAGAGCUUCUCUGUGAAAAAUCCAAGCCCUCUCUAUGCUAUGCUAAGAAGGAAUCUUGUUGCUUUAACCACUGCUGCUGCAGAUGCUGCUCAGACUCUCGCUAUCGCACAGGAUCAAAAUCUGGAUAUUCCAAGUCAAGACCAACUGAAGCAAAGUGCAGAGGAAAGUUCCAGUUCCAGGAAAGGUACUGAAGAAGGCGAUAUUCCCGCUGUGCCUACCUUACAGUGCAAACAACUUUCUAGAGAAAAUGAAGACUUGAUAGAAAAUUUAACCCAAGAUGAGACAUCUAGGCUGGACCUCGGGCUUGAGGAGUGGGAUGUAGCCGGCCUGCCUUGGUGGUUUUUAGGAAAUUUGAGAAACAAUUAUACACCUAGAAGUAAUGCCUCAACUGAUUUACAGACAAAUCGGGAUGUAGGAACUGCCAUUGUUUCAGAUACGACAGAUGACGUGUGGUUUUUGAAUGAGUCAGUACCAGAGCAGUCUGGUGCUGGAGUAAGAGUUGAAGCUGCUGGUACUGAACAAACAAGUGAAGAAGUAGGGAAAGUGAGAGACAAAAUGGUGAUUGAAGCAGGAAACAGUGAUGACCUUGAGGACACUCAGUCCAUAUGUGAUGAUACUGAUGUAGAGGUUGCCUCUGAGGAUGAAUGGCAGUGUACUGAGUGCAAGAAAUUUAACUCUCCAAGCAAGAGGUACUGUUUUCGGUGCUGGGCCCUGAGGAAGGACUGGUACUCAGAUUGCUCUAAGUUAACCCACUCUCUCUCCACGUCUGACAUCACUGCCAUACCUGAAGAGAAGGAAAGUGAAGGAAUCGAUGUUCCUGAUUGUCGGAGAACCAUAUCGGCCCCAGUUGUUAUAGCUAAAGAUGGAUAUAGAAAAGAAGAAAACCCCAGACUCUUUGAUUCCUGCACCUCGGUGGAAUUCUUGGAUUUGGCUCAUAGAUCUGAAAGCCAAGAGACCAUAUCAAGCAUGGGAGACAAAUCGGCUGAUCUUCUUAAACAGAGAACAGCUGUAGAAAAUGUGGAGGAUUGCCGGAAUCUUUUGAAGCCAUGCAGUGUAUGUGAGAAAAGACCACGAGACGGGAACAUUAUUCAUGGGAAGACGAGCCACCUUGUCACUUGUUUUCCCUGUGCCAGAAGAUUAAAGAAGGCUGGAGCUUCAUGUCCUAUUUGCAAGAAAGCGAUUCAUUUGGUUAUUAGGGUUUUUAUAGCAUAGCUGAAUCAAUGAAUUACAAAAAUAUUAACAGGGCCAGAGCAUGUAGCAAAACAUCAGUAUUAAGCAUUUCCACUCAGUGUGACCCAUUGUGUCCAUUCAUUUAUUCAUGUUUUUCAGGACAUUUUUUGCUUCCAAACAUGGAAAUUGAGAAUGAAUUCUUUAGAACUAGAUCAUUAAUUUGGGGGCUAAAUUAACAAUGGGGUUUUUCCAGAUACAGGAAGUAAACAAGAUUCUUUUAUUUAACAUCAUAUUUAAUUUCUAGAGGAUAAGGUUUGUUAAAAUCCAAGAACUUUAAAACUAGAAUGCACUCAUAUACUCAGCCUCUUUUAUUUUGCACAUGAGGCUAAAGGUUGAGUGACUGCGGAAAGUCAGAGCUAGUGCUGGAAUCCAGAUCUAUAUUUUAAGUCAUAUUUUCAGUAAAUCUUGAAGCCAUACUUGCUUUCUUCUCAUUAGUUGUUAAAUAUUUAAAUGGUGGUGCUUGUUGAAUUUGGAACAACCCAUAGCCUUAAAAUACUGGAGAAUAUGACUUAGCAGCCAAGGUUGGCCUUUAGAUAGAACAGUAGUUUGUAGCAGUUUUUCCCAAAAGAGAGAAGGCCCAGUAAAUGUCAGGCUUCCCUAUAUAAUCAUGUAAGUGAUUCCUCCUAUUGGGAGGGCAAGUAAAGGUGGCAAAGGGCCCUGAAGCAUUUUCUCCAAUAUGGUCCCUUCUUGGGGAGUGCUGCUCACAGCUCUGCCUCUAGGGACAGGAACAAGGCCUUCCCCCAGUAAGGGGGACUAGCCCUUUGAUUUUAGUAUUUUGUUAGGCUGUGGUAAAUGUUUUAAAACUUCAGAAAGUUAAAUUACUUCCCUGUUACUCCCCCAAGACUCCUUUCUUCAUGUUAGUUUGACAGACCUCAAUUUUAUUUUUUCCGGUUAGGUCUUUUUACAAGGGAUACGUUACAAGAGGCAGGGAGAAUUGGGGGUCUGCACUAGGAUCCUGUGAUUUCCUCUUAUAUGAAGUUACAGUUUUUUAGAAAACUUAAAAAAAAAUCUUAAAAUUUUAUUCAUGUUUGUAGAUAGUUGAUUUUGGUGCGACCUUAUACAGACACCUCUUACGGUACUCAGCUUUCCUUCUUUUCUGCUUUGUUCAUCUGGGGUUUUCACUCUUCCCACUAGUACUAAGUACUUUGCUUAGAAGGCCCUUGAUCUGAGUGAGCUGAAAAUAUAAAAACCUACAUGGAUUUGCUGUACCUCCAUGGAGCCUUUUGAAUGACUGAAACUGUUAUAGGGAAGUGAAUCUGCAGAAAGAGGUAGUCAGUAUUUCUUGGUAUUAUAUAAAUCCAAGAUGCUGCCUCUGCAAAAUGUUUUUCUUCAUCCAGAAUCCUUAUUUAAUGUCUUCUGGGAGUAUAGCUCAGGAAGUAGAACUCAUGAUUUCUUGGAGGUAGAACGAAAUGGGUCAGGAAUGCUUCAAAGAGCCAAAUAUUGCAAAUCGGAGUAGUUUUUUACAUGUUGAUGUGUUUGAGAUUUUCUUUUUUCAAUGCCUGUUCAUUACAGAUUUAUUCUAUACUCACUACCACUAAAGCAAGACAUUUGCAUGUGAAGUCUUCAUAGUUUGCUACUGUAAGAUAAACUUUUGACUUUGAAACACUACCGUUUAUCUUCAGUUGUGUUUAGGAUAACUAUAUGCCCCGGUUUGCUGGAAACAGUGGCAGUUCACUCCCGGUUUUCAGCAUCCUAUCUGGUUUGUCCUGUCUCGCUCUUUUUACUCUCACAUGAUUUCACUGAGAUGUUAAAUCACAUUGUCCCCUAGUCAGCUGCCCUGAGCUGAGGUCCUGACAGAGCGGAGGGGCCUGUUAGAGUAGGUGUCAGUGGAGUCUGUCUUUUCUGCUCUAUCGCAUUACAUGAUUGUGGUUGAUGGAAUCAUCCCACAUUAGCAGCAGGUUUCUUGUUCUGUUUAAAUUAGUAUUAGUAUUUGUGAUCAUGUUAUCCAUGACAGAAGAUUCAGAGCAUCAGUGAUGAAUCCUUA